AUGCUUUCUCGCUCCCUCCUCCUCGGCCUCCUCUCCCUCGGCGGGGCGCUCGCGUCCAUCCAGGUCAACAAGGCCCCGGACGGCAGCAUUAUCUCCGUCGUGUCCAAGCCCGGCGGCAACGACGACGAGCGCCCCGCGGCCCUGGGCAAGCGCGACUGCACCCACAACAACUGCCUGCGGGCCAUGAUCGCCCGCCCCGACGCCGCCACGUCCUUUUGCCGCACCUACACUACGGCGGCGCCGCCGCAGACGGCGGUCGCGCCCUUUACCCAAUGCUCUAGUGCCCCCAAGGCCAGCAGCGCUUGUACCUGUUUCGUGCCGCCGCCCCCCGCGCCCACAUGCGGACCCCCCGGUUCCUUCUGCGACAUCAACAAUUUUAUCCAGCAGUGUUGCGACAUCGCUGGUUGCGUCGGAUGUAAGGGGUGCCAGUUUCCCAAUUUCGACCCGAACAACGGUAUUUGCUUGUAAAGAGACGAUUUUCG